AUGGACCGCGUGAGUGGCGUGUGUAGGUUCGGAGGAGUGGUGUCGGCGGUGCGAACUAGGACAGGAAGAAGUAGACGAAGAAUAGGUGGUCACAGUCAGAUACCAGAAGAUAUGCCGGAAGCUCCGAGGCGAGGGCUUGGCGCUGUGCUGGUGCUUGCGUGCAUCGUCGUCUACCACAACUGCUUGUACUGUGGCUUCGUAUUCGACGACAUCAGUGCCAUAAAAGAGAAUAGAGACUUGAGACCACAGACACCAAUCUCCAACAUCUUCCUCAACGACUUUUGGGGGACACCAAUACACAAGGUGACGACUAAACCGAAACGUUUCCUACUAGACUUACUAAGAAGGGACGCUUUCCAAUAG